ACCGGAUGGACUAGUUGUUUCACGUCCAAACAAUCCGGAAGACGACAAUACAUGUUGGAAUUGGAACUGCGCGCGACAAGACUCAACGGCUUGAAUAGAUAUAUUUCUAUUAUAUACAAGGACCAAGCCACCAUGGGCAACGGAAUGAAUAAGGUUGUUGACGGCCUUUACCUUGGGAAUAUAAGAGAUGCAGAAAACCGACAAAGCCUGUCACAGAAUGGCAUCACCCACAUCCUCUCUGUGUAUAACAACGCCAGACCUGUAUUUGAGGACAAGACCUACCUUUGUAUUCACGCAGCGGAUGCUUCCAGCCAGAAUCUGUUGCAACAUUUUAAGGAAUGCAUCUGCUUCAUCCACGAAUGUCGCCUGAAUGGUGGAGCGUGUCUUGUUCACUGCCUUGCAGGUGUGUCGCGCAGCACUACCAUGGUGGUGGCCUACCUGAUGACUGUCACGCACUACAGCUGGGAGGAGUGUCUCACCGCAGUCAAGGCGGUUCGCUCCUUUGUUGGACCUAACUGCGGCUUCCAGGAGCAGCUGCAGGAGUACCAGACAACGCAAGUCUCAGAGUACCGCGCGUGGCUGCAGUCCAGUUUCCAAGGCAGUCCGUUUAAUGACCAGGAGCAGGUGGGCGCCCUGCUGACCCAGUACACGGUGCAACAGGAGAACCAGAGACGAGCUGGAGAUGAGCGCUGGAUAAAUCAGGACGUGUGCGCUCUUCCAUCCAACCCGGCUCAUCCUGAAGGCAGCAACUGAAACACGAGGCCCGGCACCAAAUCAACCCGCCAAAUACUUAAUUUAUACAUCAUGCUAACCUCUCUGGUAAAUGGGUUGAUUCUGAUCGGGCUAUGCGUACAUCACUCCUAGUACCUCCUUGUUUCCUUCACUGAGCCCGUCAGUGCUCAGAUGCCUUAUUCUGAAAGCCUCAGCACCUUAGCCAUGAUUACAUCACUUGUGCUUCCAUGUGAACCUCUCGACCUGUUGCAAUAUGCUCAGCAGCCUUAAAGAUUUGUGAUUUGCCUCAGAUUACUUGGAUGUCCCACAUGUUUUGGUAGACGACUGCUUUACUGGUUUUGUGUCAAUGAAUCUAUCCUCAAAGAAAUUGGAGGUAAUACUGAAGGUCGAAAAUGAACACGUUAUUCAUGCAAGGCUAUGUUAACAGUACAAUGUUCCGUUUUAUUGAAGGAUCUCGUGAAGUCCAAACACUACCAUCUUUCUGUUUUUAUAAUGAAGCUCUGAUUUAUCUCUUUAGUGGUUGUAGAUUGUUGUUUGCCUUGUGAGUUUAUUGGUACAGUGUUCAAGUGUUUUAAUUGCACAUUUCUGUAUUUGUGUUUUAUAAUAAACUGCAAUCACUGUUAAAAUGAUUGAAAAUAUUACUGUGUGGAUUAAAAUUGAACAGUACUUGUUUGACAUUAUUAA